GUCUCCGCAGUCAGAAUGGAGAGGUUUGGACCUCAGUCGCCUGCGGUGGGGUAAUUUUUUUUUUUGGUGAGGCGCUGAUGGUGGGUUUUAAUCGAUAAAAUGAGACUGUGAGGUUGUUAGGGAGCUAGCUGGAUAGUUGUGGCGAUUUCUAAUUUUGUAAUCAGUGCGUGAUUUUGUGUUAAAAGUCGUUCAGGAAUUUAAAAAAGAAAAGAAUAGAAAAGAAAGAUGACGACCACUACCACGUUUCAAGGCAUGGACCCGGAUGCCAAAAGCAGCUCCAGGGUUCUCCGUCCACCAGGUGGAGGCUCCAACAUCUCCUUUGGUUCUGACGAGGAGAAACCUGCCACGCGCAAAAACAAAAUGGCUUCCAGCAUUUUCGCAGAACCUGAGGAUCCACAUGCUCAUCGAAGGAACAACCCUCCAGGUGGGAAGCCCACAGGUGUGCUAUGUGGAGAACCUUCAGCGCCACUCAGGAGGUGUGUCCAACAACCUGCUAAUCAAACUGGUGAUGCACAAGACGAGCCUUCAUCUUCAGUUGUGAACGGAGAUGACAGAAAGAACGAGUCUGUGGAGGCGGCUGAGGCAGUGGAAGAGGCAGAGGCGACUCAGACGGAGAAGUCUGCACCGAAUGCCUUGUCUGAGAAAUCAUCAGGACGCAGAAACCCUCCUGGUGGCAAAUCCUCCCUCAUCCUGGGCUGAAUGCUGAAUCUCUCUCUCUCUCUCUCUCUCUCUCUCUCUCUCUCUCUCUCUCUCUCUCUCUCUCUCGUCACAUCCAGAGCAAAGUUUACAAGCAUCUGGUCUGCAGUGACCAAACUGUGUGUGCUCUCACGCAUCUGUGUUUGUGUGUUGAGAUGCCUUGUAAAUCCAGGCCUCGGUCCUGAUUGUUGUCUGUUAUUCCUGCUCCCUGUUUUUUCUCUUGUCAUUACAGAAGUGGAUGAAUUGAGUCUCUUUUCCACUUCCUGUCUUUGUUACUCCCGCGUGCGUGUGGUUAGUCCUGCACACACCUUGUCUGAUCAUGUUUCAUUUCAACAAUGUAUUUCUCCAAAGCGGUGUAAAGCUGCAGGUUCCUGCCUCAUCCGUCUCAUUCCUGGGUUUAUACAGAUUUCAAAUGUUUGUGUGCAUUUCUACGUAUAAUAAAAUAUUGCUAUGAAACUAAUAA